AUGGUUGAUGAGAAAAAAUUACCCGAAUUAGCGCUAACUUAUCUCAAAUAUGGAACAGCGCUACUCUGCACUUGGCCGCCGAGUUCUCGGGCUACGAGCGCGGAAAAAAUAUCCAUCGAAGUGAGGUGGUGGUUAUUGUACCUAGUAGCGUGGUGCCUUCAACUUCCAGUAUUCUAUACUGCAUAUUUGACGCGACGAAAUUUCAUGGACUUUACCAAGUACAUUUGUUUCGGGUCGGCGAUUGCCCACUCGAUAAUCAAGAUGAUUAUUUGCAAAUAUCAUCGAAAAAAAUUUCAGAAAUUAAUCGAAGAAAUUGAAGAUUAUUUAUUGCGCGCAACUCCCCGGGAACGAGAAAUGCUGAAUACUUGUGUGAAAAAAGCGGCGCCCGUUUACCUGUCAUUCAAUAUAAUCGGAUUUGUAGCAGCAGCUUCGUACGUCUGUGGCCCCCUGGUCAUCGACCAAGAUCUGCCGAUGGACACAAUAUAUCCGUUUGAAAUACGUUAUUACCCGGUUUUUCAAAUAAUUUACACCACCCAAGCAAUAACAACGACGCAAUGUGCCGCCGUUGGACCCCUGGAUGCUCAAGUAUGUAUGCUGUUCUGGUUCACUAUUGCCCGACUUAAACUCCUAGCCCAUGACAUGAAGAACAUUGCGAGUGUUGGUGAUCUCAAUGCUUGUAUUCGAGUGCAUCAGAGUCUAUUGAGAUUUAAUGAGAAAGCCUGCGAAGUCGCACGGCCCAUUAUUAUGACGACAGUCUUAAUGGCUACUUGCUCCAUUGCUUUCGGUGCGAUGCAUGUCAUCGGGCAUGAACCAUUCGAAGUCAAAGCCCAGUUCGUGGGUUUCGACAUAGGAUACGGUGCCCAGUUGUACUUGAGUGCUUGGGCAGCGGAGAAUUUAAUGACGGCGAUGGACGACCUGAAAUGGGCUUUGUACAACUCCUCGUGGUCAGACAACACCAGGAAAACCAAUCGAUCGUUUCUCUUUGUCUUACAGCGAUUAAAUAAAAUACCGAAAGUCUCUGUCGGCGGAUUCAUACCGGAACUAUCCCUCAAUUAUUACACUGGGUAUUUGUCGAAAACUCUGUCUUUCUUCACAACUCUUCGCAUUAUGCUCCAGAAAACGGAAGGACCGAGUCAAUGAAAUUUAUUG